AUGGCUUCGAAUCAUCAGGAUCGCCACCCCACCUUCCACACCCCAAGCUUUGAUUCAAACCGUGAGUCUACAGGAAGCUCGAGAGGCGAGAACGGUGAAUGGGAAAGAGCGUCGACAAUCGACGGUGACAAUGAUGCGACUACCAACAAGCCCGAAGAGAAUGUCCCAGAGGCAGCGCACGUUGGGACUACUCUCAGAGAAAAGGAGGAACGAAGUGCCGGGUCUGAGCCCGAAACUUUCGACAAGAUUGAGAUAACGGAAGACGACUGCAUGAGCGAGCUCGGCUACUCGUGGCCCGAAUGGAAGAAAUGGACUGUCUUGACAGUCAUCUUCCUUGUCCAGCUUUCGAUGAACUUCAAUACCUCUCUAUAUUCGAACGGUCUAGGGGGCAUCUCCGAAGAGUACGGUGUCAGUGCCCAGGCCGCCCGCUGCGGUGCUAUGAUUUUCUUGGUCAUGUAUGCUUUUGGAUGUGAACUAUGGGCCCCGUGGAGUGAGGAAUUUGGCCGCUGGCCCAUCCUUCAGCUUUCCCUUACUCUUGUCAACAUCUGGCAACUUCCUGUCGCUCUUGCACCCAAUUUCGGCUCUCUCAUGGUCGGAAGAGCUCUUGGUGGCCUCAGCUCUGCGGGAGGUUCUGUCACUCUUGGAAUGAUUGCUGAUCUAUGGGACGCGGAUAACCAGCAGUAUGCUGUCGCUUAUGUGGUCUUCUCAUCAGUCUUCGGCUCAGUUCUGGGUCCCAUCAUUGGUGGAUUUGUGGAACAGUAUCUCGCAUGGAGAUGGGCUAUUUGGAUUCAGUUGAUUUUUGGCGGUUUCGUACAGGCCGCACAUUUCUUUCUGGUCCCAGAGACCCGCACGACAAUCCUCAUGGACCGUAUUGCAAAGAAGAGACGCAAGGCUACUGGUGAAAACAUCUGGGGGCCUAACGAGUUGGAACCUUUCAGAGACCGUUUCUCCGUCCGAGAAGUGCUCAUUACUUGGAUGCGCCCAUUUAAGAUGUUUUUGACCGAGCCCAUCGUUCUGACGCUCUCACUCCUCAGUGGUUUCUCUGAUGCUCUGAUCUUCAUGUUCAUUCAGUCAUUCGCCUUGGUGUACGGACAGUGGCACUUUUCGGCCUGGCAGACGGGUCUCGCUUUCUUACCGCUGGGCAUCGGUUAUCUUCUGGCUUGGAUCUCAUUCAUCCCUGCCAUCAAAAGGAACAUCAAGGAACGAGAGCGAAACCCCGGCAAUGAAAAGGCACAGUACGAGUCACGACUGUGGUGGCUUCUGUGGACUGCCCCCUGCCUUCCGAUUGGUCUUUUCGGCUUUGCCUGGACCAUCCAGGGCCCUCCGAUCCAUUGGAUCGGUUCGAUGAUUUUCUCUGCAAUCGUUGGUAUUGCUAACUAUGCCAUCUACAUGGCAACAAUCGAUUACAUGAUCUGUGCUUACGGCCCAUAUUCGGCUUCUGCUACGGGUGGCAACGGCUGGGCCAGAGAUUUCCUUGCUGGUGUUCUUACCAUUCCGGCAACGCCUUUCUUUGAAAAUAUUGGUGGUCGUUAUCACCUGAACUACGCGGCCACUAUUCUCGCUUGUAUCGCUACCCUCCUCGUCGUAGCAGUCUACGCCAUCUACUGGUGGGGCCCAGAAUUGCGGAAGAGAUCGCCGUUCGCUCAGUCACUUGCCGAAGCUCGCGUUGACAACGAUGGUCGCCGUCUGUCUUACUUGCGAUCCUACUCUGGUACCUCAGGCUCCAGGCGAGCUUCCCGACCCAACAGCAUCCAGCAAGCGAAGGUGCCUAUACCAAGGACCAUUAGGCCGAUCCGACGAUCACAUGGCGCUGCCCCUGCUAUCCAGUCACCCGUCCAUACUCAUAAUCUGACGCCUGGCAGUAGCGUUGGCAAUGAAGUUGGUGGUCGACUGGAAUCCGGAUUAAGAGUGUCACAAAGCAACAUCGGCUAUCAGGUCCACGACGCGAGCGCCAAACGUCCCUCGACCAUUAACACAGCCGGGCUAGCAGAGCUCACUGUUGAAGAGCUUCAUACCUACAACAAUCUUUUGUCCCUUGAGAAAGAUCACGACUUGGCCACUUCACCUCCACCCUUCGCUGGCACUGGAAUCAGCUUGUCUACCUCGGAGAAAAUAGCGUGGCAGAUUCACCUUGCCAGUGCUUUGCCUCCGCGGUCACACUGUGAUUUGUUCAUUGCCUACUUUUUCGAAAGUAUUAAUUGGAUAUACCAGGCGAUUCAUGCUCCGUCGUUUCGUCAAAAGUAUGAGUCGCUUUGGGAAUAUCCUGUGAAGGAUGUCGAUCUGGUCUGGAUUGCCCUCCUGUAUGUUCUGAUAUCGCUCACUGCACUCUACAUCGACCCUAAGGCAUGCGAGAGUGUCGGAUACGAUGCUUCAGACAUCCGGAACAAUGGGCAUCUGUGGUUUCGACUAUCUCGUCAGGCUCUGCAUGCCGGUGAGUAUGACUCCAGGCCAUGCUUGACACAAAUUCAAGUCUUUAUUCAAUCGCAGUCUUAUUGGUAUGCAACAAAGGCCGUUGAAGCUUUGAACAGUGCAAUGGGUCAGGCUGUACGCUGCGCUCAAGCUAUCCACCUUGAUAAAGACCGAGAUCCUGCAACGAAUCUGACUUCUGAGCUCCGGCAUCGUUUAUGGUGGGACCUGUGUUGUUCAGACACCUACCAAUCUCUCUGCCUCGAUCGACAGCCAUUGAUCCAAGCGCACCUCUCCGACGUCCCUUUGCCACAGAAUUGUGAAGAUUGUGAUAUCACGAGUACCAUGAUCAAUUGCCGCCCCCUUGAAGAGCCAACUGUGAUGACGGUGCAUGUUCUCCGCGCCGGUUUGUUCAAAGUCUUAAGCAAACUCUACGCGAACAAUGCAUCCGCAUCGACGUCCUAUGAAGAGGUAUGUGCAAUUGAUCAGGAGAUCCUUACGAUUGUGGAUCAAUUCCCAUGGUAUUUGAAGACACAUAGAGACCAAGGCCGGUUUACAGUCAUCAGUCCUACCCUGCCUCCGGUGUAUGACCAUAUACAGUGGCAGCACCAUCUCAUUCACAAUUCAAUCUGUGUCCAACGGAUCCGGAUGUACCGACCUUUUCUCCGUUCUCCCUUCCACAAUGAUUGUUGGUCGAAGUGUAUCGAGGCUGUCGAAGGGGCCUUUGCCGUAUACCAUGCGAUUCGCAAUGCAAAUCCAGUCCGCUUUCAGCGCUCACAGAAGAUGGUUGCGCAGAGCUACCAAAUAUUUUGUUCAGCAGUCUCGAUAGCCGUAUUCUUGCUCGUGGAGCGCCCAGCACUCCCUAGCCGAAUGCAGUCUGAUAUCGAAGUUGUAAUACAAGACUUGCAGCGUAUCGUGCAAAACCACAGCUCCAUUCCCAUGGCCGUGGCUGGCCGGGUUGUCCUAACGAAGAUCCUGGACGCUUAUAAUCUUAGCAGCCGGCAGCAACAGGGCUUAAACCAUGAAGAGACAGUAUCAAACUCCAACUGGCAUACUCUUAUCCCAGAAAUCUACGCUCAUAUGGGCGGCCAGGCGAAGACGAAAACAUAUCUCGACCGAUGUGCUGUCUCACACAUUGUGAACCGAGAAAGCAGUAUGAGUGGGUCAUACUCGCCGCUGAAUCUCCAGUCCAAAACAACAUCCAAAGCAGGUGUAAUCACUGCAACCGAGCCGACUUAUAUGACCAACGAUUCGAAUUCGUUCGAUGCAGACUUCGCAACGUCUUUCGGCUUCGAUCUCCAUUUUGAUGUUCUCAGUUGGGGUAUCGAGGACUUCGAGUUUCAAUGA